AUGUUGCGCAGAGAGACGGUAGCGACCGGGGAGGACAGACCAACCAAAAGGCGGAAGAUCGAAGCUGACACUAAGUCGGAUCACGCUGUCAACUACCACAAUCCCUCGCUCCCUGCCAAUGCUCCCGAUCCAAAUGAAGAUAACAAGGCCGUUCACUGGCGCUGGGUCAAGCCCUCGGCACUUCGGGCGGCGAUUGCUAACUCACAAAGCAAGGAAGAGGAGGGAAAUUCGAGUGAAGACGAUGUACCCGAUCUCCCAUCCCGGCCUUGGAGAAGCACUCGCGCCGCCAAAGCCGCAGACAAGCCUAAACCGACACAUCGAUCGCGGGUGGACAUCCCGGUGCCCAAUACUCCCGAUUCGAUACAAGUGCCGUCUUCAGCACCGCAAUUUGUUCCCAAAAGACCGGUCGGGUUCUUCCCGUGGACUGGGAAGCAUCCCGAGGACGUUUUAAAUGACAGCAACGUGAAGAAUGGCUAUUUUGACAAACCCCCGAACCCCACCGAAAAGGAGCUCAACACGGCGCGAAUCCCGCUCUACAAUGCUUUUAAACACAAGUCCGGUGUCGACAGUUUGUCCGCCCUCUUUUCCCUUGUCCUGAAUCAGAAGAGCCAGUAUGGCUUAAUCAGUUCUGCUUCCACGUUCAAACCACCUCCCCGCGUCACCUUGACUGAAGCGAAACGAAAAUCCUGGAUAGCGGAUCUGGCCAAUGCAGACGUGCCAUUGAGGAGGCUGAGCAGGACAAUCCCUCAGGGCAUCAAGGGCCAGACCCUUUUAGAUCAAUGCUUGCAGAACUCGGUUCCGUUGAGUCGUGCGAUAUGGUUCGCUAAGUGCGUUUGCGCAAACGAGAUUCGGACCUUGAAAAGGAAAGGAACUGCCCCGGCGGUGGCCAUGGGCACCGAAAGCAAAUGGUUUCGCGAGUGGACAGUCAACGUCGAAGAAUUUUUGGAAACACGUCUGGAACAAAGCAAUCCAUCUGAUUGGAGAUCAGACAUUCAAUACGCAUUGCGGCUUGUUACCUGGCUCUAUUUAGAGAACCUGCUGGAUCGGGGCCAUUACUUGGAUUGGAUCUUGCGCUCUUUCACUGCGGCAGACGUCGGCCACACUCCUUUCUGGCUGAUGGUAAUCCACAUAUACAAGCAAGAUUUGAGCCACUAUCGAAGACGCGGCACCAGACUUGCCGAAGCACUGAUUAACAAGUACCGCUCAGUGGACAAGCUCUCCGACCAAACGAUAGCUCCACUGAGACAGAGGCUGCGUGCCGCAAUCCGGGAAUUAUUGUUUGCACGUCCUGCUAUCUUCCUGAGGCCAGACAGUUGGCCCGAGAGUUUGCCCGUUGUUCGAAGCUGCCUGGACACGACCAUUAGACCCGAAGCUCAGAUUCUUGAGGAACUCAGCCGCAUCAAUGAAAGAACCAUGGGAUUUAACAAAGCGGAAUUCUUGUCCGUUCGCGCACCUGACGAGGCGACUAUUGAAACUCUAGACGCCGCCGCUGUGCCAUACAAUUUCACUCUGCUAGACGAAGAACUCGCGGGCACCUGUUUAGACUUCGAUCUCCUGGUGCGAUCGUGUCUUGAAUGGUCAUGUACGCGAUUUCGACAAUCCAGAACUCGAAUAUAUGUCGCCACUCGUCUAGUCAAGCGCUGGCAACGAGGUGGCCAAGAUGUUGACACUGCUAUUCUCAAUUUCCUGUCGGCCUUCCGGGAGGGGAAGACAACGGCUGAUCUUCACUGCUUAAGACACCUCAUUGCGCAACUCUCACGAGCUGAUUGCUUCCCACUAAGCAAAUACAUGCAGUGGCUUAUGGUGAGAGGUCUUCCAGAGAAGGGAACGGUCUGCAUUAAUGAGGAUUCAAUCUUCGAGCCAACUCCAGGAAUUGAACCGCGGCGGGAGUCAGGAUCCGCCCAAUUUCUGCUUGAUUUGUCGUUGCAGCGGGCAGAAGACCAUGUCAUCAAUUUACGGAACUCGGUUCUUCAACGUGCAGGGUUCGAUCUCAACUCGGAAGAGGCCAUUUUCGGCCAGUGUGUACGUUUUCUCGAGCGAAAAUUGGCGGAGUCAAGCUCCAUCACCAAGCCUAGGCCACCAGCCCUUGUCGAGCCCUCUUUCGCGUCUCUGCCGUGGACUCUUCGGACCAGAAUAUCUAUGUGGCUAAGAACAAGAGCUCUCGAAGGCGCCAAAUCGGCGCAAAGCACUCCUGUGCUUCCUGGGUCUAAGGUAUUGAAUGAGGGACAAUUCUUCUUGAUCCGUCACGUUCUUGAGUGCAUGGAAGAUGAAGCAGUACUUGCCGAUGUGGUUGGCAUUCUGUCGGUAUCACAAAGAGAUGACCUUGUGGCGUCUCUCGUUGCUACCAUUCAUUUCCAUGCCGGUGCCUUUUCCGCAAUUGGGGCAUUUGAAGUCCUUCAAAAGCGGAUGUGUCAAGUUUACAUGAGUUGGCGACCUACUAAACCGACAAUGCCGCUACUUACUUCGACCCUACUCGACCUUUGCACUGCUUUCCCAGCCAAGUCGCCAGCAAUCAGGUUGCUACAACAGGAUCUCGUUCGAGGAGAUCGGGGGCGUGCAGUUGCAGCUUGCUCGCCCUAUAGUGACGGCAUUGCCGAGUCAUUACAGCAGGCGGGUGCUACCUUUGUAGAAGAUUUUGAAGCCAUUCUGCAGUCGGAAACCAAUAUGAAUGAGCAAACCAUGAACGGCCUCUUCUCGGUUCUGGUCGAUCGCAUUGAAAAGCAACAGAAAUUCGGUGACGAUCCGCACACGAUACAGUCAUUCUGUCAGCUUCUCAGCCGGCUUCGAUUGUGCCGUAGGGCGCAAGGAGAUCUCCUCAUUCAGAAAUGGAUGUCGCGACUGGUCCCCUGCCUCGACGCCAAAUCUGGGCCUUUGCUUCUUCAGAUCCUCAUUGCAACGGGAUGCAUCACAUUUGCUGUCGUUUUCGACGCCGCGGCUCUUUCUAAGCCAGGCCCACGCAAGAAUUUAGCUGUCGCUUCCUUGCUAUAUCAAAUUCUUGCUCCUCCCAACUACACGUCACUUGAUUGGGCUGCUUACCAGGCUCGGACGAGAUGGUAUGAAUAUUCGCAGAGGGAACCGUCAACUGCUCUGGAAAUACUCUGCGAAGCUGGACUGCGGGGGGUUUCGCCAUCUUUCGACUCGCUCUUGUUGGACUUGCUUGUUAACAAGUCAACGUCAGACUCGCCGUCUCUGCCUGACUCCGCGGAAAAAUGGGUUGUCAAGGCACUCAGUCGGACAUUGAAUUGUUCCGAUGGUGAUUUAACUGUGGCUGGUCUCCGAGCCUUAUUGAAAUCCAUCAACAUUUUCUCGCACCGAUUUGUUCAGCUACGAUUCCGGCUCACGUCGCAAGGUUCUAUGGAAAAAGUGUCAGGGACGGAUCAAGCUGACUUGACCGAGGUACUCUCCGAGUCAUUAAAAGAGACGUUACAGAAACCGACUUCAACAUACGGGCAAGAGCAGCGGUUUUCACAACUACUUCGGAUAGUCGGCCCAGAUAUAGCUAGCCAGGUCCGCCACAAUGUCGAGAAUGAAUUUCUGGACGCGUUGCCGAAACUGCCAAUCACCAAACCGACAAGUCCACUUUCGGCGGUCUUCCCUGGCGACAUUCAGCAAUUGUCUUUGAUUGUCGAGCAAGCGUUCCAAGUGUGUAGAAAAGAUGUCAGCGCCAGCCCCGGAUUCAUGUCGCGCCUGAUUGACAGACUGUCGCAGCAUCUCAAAUACUUGGGCAACGUCCAGUUGACGCCAGCUACUCCUGCUACACCUAGUGCAGCUCCUCCAACUGCGUCUGGACUUGCCGGGUCUUCAAUGAGUGUGAACCAUGCUCAGAUGAUGUCCGUGACAUCCAGCCCGGUUGCCACCACAUCAGACAGCGGUAGUGGCUCUUGUUCGGCAGUAUGCUUGAGCUAUCUGCGAUCCAUGCUACAAAUGGUGUGUUUGCAACGCCCGGCGCUGGUUUCGUCAGGUUCCAAUGGUCCCAAUGCCAAACAAGGCCAGACUGAACAAGUUCAACUCCUGGUACGACUGGCGUCAAUCGCAACGCAUCCAGCAGUGGCAUGGACAUCAGGUCAUCAAGGAAGCCAGGAAGAGCAGAUCAAGGCAAAGGAGGUAGUUGAUUUCGCAUUCGACGUGAUUGCCACUGUUAUCGAUGAUGUCAGCGACGAAGUCACAACGGCGAGCGCAAAGCUGUUGAAAGACCGAUUGAACGAUCCACGGCUCAGAUAUUUGUUUGGCAGCAUCAACAUGAUGGGAUCCGCGCAGGUCCAAGACAUGGGCCGAGGACUGCAGAUGGUCAAAGAAGGCAAGGGAAUUAUCGGAGAGUGGAGGCCUCGAAUGUGGGAAGUGCUGGAUAAUGGGAGCGGUAAAGAGAGUGAAACGCCUCUCGGAUUAGGUCUUUUUCGAGCUAGGUAUGGUUAG